CCUUACGCGACGCCGACCGACGUCCCUGUCCCCAGUUACUGCACACUUCACGCUCCUCCGCCAACCUCAAACGACCGCCUUCUCUGUCCGUACUCCCCACGUACCGCGUGCCAGAUCGACCGCUCGCCUACCAAACAAACGAUCAAGCGGCUUUUCUCCAUCAGUCAGGUUCUCUCUCCGCCGCCAGUCCGGCGUUCGUCCCACGCAGCGCCACCCAGCGCUCUCGCUCGCUCGCCCCCUUUCCUCCAGGGAUCACGAACUCCGGGCGAGCAAGAAACACCACAUCAGCAGAGUAGCAGUGGUAGCCGCAGUAGCAGACGCAGUAGUACUCAUGGACUACCAGAACCGCGCCGGCUCCAAGUUUGGCGGCGGCGGCGUCGCGUCGCACUCGGCCACAAACGCCGACCGGCGCGAGCGCCUGCGCAAGCUCGCCCUCGAGACCAUCGACCUCGACAAGGACCCCUACUUCUUCAAGAACCACGUCGGCUCCUUCGAGUGCCGCCUCUGCCUGACGGUCCACCAGAACGACGGCUCCUACCUCGCCCACACGCAGGGCAAGAAGCACCAGACCAACCUCGCCCGCCGCGCCGCCCGCGAGCAAAAGGAGGGCCGCGGCGCCGGCGCCGGCCAGUCCGGCGUCGACCCGGCCACGGGCCUGCCCCUGGGCGUCGCCGCGGGGCUCGCCGCCGCCGCCGGGCGCCGCAACGUGGUCAAGAUUGGCCGCCCCGGCUACAAGAUCACAAAGGUCCGCGACCCCCUCUCCCUCCAGCAGGGCCUGCUCUUCCAGCUGCAGUACCCGGACGCGCCCCCCGACGCCGCCCCCAAGUGGCAGGUCAUGAACGCCUUCACCCAGCGCGCCGAGGAGCCCGACAAGAACUUCCAGUACCUCGUCGUCGCCGCCGACCCCUACGAGACGGUCGGCUUCAAGAUCCCCUCGCGCGAGCUCGACAAGCGCGAGGACCGCCAGUUCUCCUUCUGGGACCCCGACGCCAAGGAGUUCUGGAUUCAGGUCAUGUUCAUGACGGAGCGCGAGGAGCGCUUCAACGCCGCGCCGGGCUUGUCGGGAAGGAAGUGACGUUUGACGCCCCGAGGUGGCGCUUGAGGAGGACGACUUGCCCCAAUAUCGGCGUCCAAGUGGGUGGUAGCCGUAUCGCUUGUUCUUGUACCUUUGCCAAGGUAUGAUGAACAAGAAUUCAUGAUAACGGUCAGACUGGUGUCCACCCACGCUGUUUGCCAGGGCCGGUCCAGUAAAGAAGUUCAAUACGUUGGGCCAGGCGUUUGGAGUCUGUUGAUUUACAUCAUCACCUGCUGGUCUUGCCAGACACUGGAAGGGAGGCGUUGCGGAAGUCGAGUCGGCUUGAUGAUGCUGGUGGAACGUAACGAGGCUUUUCCACGGCGACUUUGUCAUGUCAGGGCACGGCAUAAUGAUUCUGGCUGCACCUGGCAGCCCCUAGCUAGCUACAUGACACACCCCAUCACGGGUUCUAGGCCGAGCAUCUACAUUGGCCCG